AUGAGCAGCUACGACUCAAUCUCGCAAGUAAAAGGCGUUGGAAGCAAGCGAGAGUUUGAGCAACAACAAAGUAUGAGCCUUGUCGAUCGUCUGUAUUCCUACGACUUAAAAUGGUCAACAAAGCUCUAUCAUCGUUUCGGUUGUGAUCCAAUGUCGCGUCUCUGUUGGGAGAUAUUUUCUCACUCUGGCGAUGGUUUUCUCUGGAUUCUUACAAUUCCACCACUCAUGGGACUACUGUGGGUUGUUGGUCUCAUUGGGCCCUUUGAACCUGCCACCAAGAUGCUACUGUCAGCGCUCUUCACGGUUAUGACAGUGGAUAUCAUUGCUAUCAUGGUACUAAAGCUGAUAUUUCGUCGCCAACGACCGCCUUUUCAUGAGGCAGAUCUGCGUUUUGUCGGUCCAGAUCAGCAUUCGUUUCCAUCAGGACACUCGACGCGGGUAUGGGCUAUGGUAGCUAUGCUUGUCUAUUUUGCAAGGAUGCAUUCAUGGAUUCUGCGCAAGUUCUUUUUCGGUUUUUCUCCGUCUUUGCUGGUUGGUAUGUCUAUUGUCUGGGCGCUCGUCAUUAAUUUUUCGCGUCUAGCGCUUGGUCGUCAUUAUCCAACUGACGUACUUGCUGGUAUGCUAAUUGGAGCUUUUGUGCUUUGGCCAAUCUCGCUCUUUUUCAUUAACUACUUUAAGAUGCUCGACUUUCCUUCUUCACUAUAG